AUGCAUAUUUGGGCAGGCUCUGGCUCUUCCUCCAAUGGUAAAGAAACCAUUAGGAGAAGAACGAGGACUCCUCAAAAAACUAUUAGAGGUCUUAAAAAGAGAAAGAGUAGUGCGAGUAUUGGAUUAGGAAUGGAUGGCUCAUGUUCCAAUGGAGAGGUUGGAAAUGCGAGUCUGAGUCCAGCUCCAAGUCCUAGGAGAGAUUCAGGAAUAGAUUGUGUAAUGGCGUUUGAACCACAGUCUGAAGACUCAAUUCAUUCUUAUGAUGUUGGAGAAGAUAUGGUCAAGUCUUUGAAUGUUGGAUCACUUGAUAGUGAUUCUGGGAAGGUGAAUACGAUUGGGAGGAUUGAAGAUGGUUUGAAGAAGUUGCGCCGGAAGAAGUCAGAUAGAGAUCUUCACGAUGAGUCGCAAGUUUCAUCAACUUCAAGAAAGUCAAAAGGGAGGGGUGUUCCAUUGAAGGAAUUGAAUCAUGCACUAGGAAAUGGUGCGGAUGAUCUUUGUUCAUCUUUGGGUGGGCUUAGUCGUAUGAUGGAGAGUAAUAAGAGGAUUUUCGGAGCGAUUAGAGAAAGAGAAGAGAGGUUAGCUGCUACCACAGACAAGGAUUCGAAUGGCAAUGUGCUCAAUAUGAAAAGUUCGCUCGGUAUCAAGCAAAUAGUUUCAAAGGAAAUACUACAACCGGACGUCACCGAAAGUAUACAAGAUAAUCCACAACAUUCGAUAAUCAUCAAAGGCAAAAACGGCCUAGGAAAAAUCACCAGUACUAAGGAAGUUAUGGAACAUGAAAGACCAGACAAAUAUCUAGGUCCUUGUACCGCAGAAGAGAAUCCUAAAAUUUUAUCCACUGCAAGCCAUAGCAACACGAGCAGUUCUUUCAGCGAAAAUGACAUGGAAAGAGUUUUCAGCGAGAGAUGUGAGCAAAUUUCUGAACCUGAAAGUACAGAUGAACAGCCUGGGGGUGAAAAUUUUGUUUCGGUUAUCGAAUCGGAUUUUGAUUCUGAGAGAGAAGAUAAAGCGGAAGGAAUCUUUAGUGUAAGAUGUGAAGAGAUUUUCGGACCGGAAAGUACAAAUGAACAUGUUGGGAAUGAAUGCUCAACUCCUGAUAUAAAACCUCUUCACACCUCUGAGGACGAAAAUGAGUCCCAGAGAGCCUUUAGCAUAAGCUGUGAACAGGUUCCGGAACUCGAUAUGGAUGGAUAUUUUGGGGAUGAAUGCCUUACCCCUUGUUUCAAAUCCCCUGACAACGCUCUGGGUAUAUCACAAGAGACAAUUCAUUGCAACGCGAGUAUCGUAGGGUUUUCUCUCAGAGUACCUCAUUUAGUUCGUGAAGCUAGACAGAGUCUAUUUACUUCAUCUCAUUCCCGCAACACCGAUGUUUCAUUAUCUAGUCAGGAGAGUAUGGGUGAGAUUACUUCACUUAAAGAGAUCGAGUUUUGUGCUAGUGGGCUUAAGAAUUAUGGUGCGGAUGAUGAUGUAAAGAGCAGCUUGGAGCCGGGUGUAGAUGAUUCGCCUCAGAUAAGGUAUGAACGUGCUCUUGCCAGUGUGGAGGAAUUUUCAAGUAAUCUUGGGAGUCCGAUGUCUUUGUCUAUGAUGGAUAAUUAUAAGAUGGAGAUGGAUUCUUUCAUGACUGGAGAUAUGGUUGAGUCAUCUGCAGGUAUAACUGUGGAUGGUGAGGCUGAGAUAAAAGCUAAUGAUGGUGGGAAAUUCCCGCUGUUCCAGGGAAGUGCCAUCUCAUCACUGGAACCCCUUCGACAGAUCAAAGUACAUUCUCCUAAGACCAAAAAUAACGAGAAUAGCCCUAGUCUUCAAGACUCGCUUGAGCGUGAUAUCAAGAAUUCCGAGGGUUUUUCUCCUGUUCAUCAGGAAGUCCUAAAUUCAAUGACACCUAAACAUUCCAUUCACUAUACUAUCAGAGAAAAGCCUGAUAAACACCAUAAGCAUCACUAUAAAACUGUGUUCAAACCUGUUUCUUGGAAAUCUCAUGAAAAUGGCAGGAAUUUGUCACAGGGAGUCGCUCAAAUGGAGAGAAAUCCUUCUCGAUAUCCUGCGGAAAAAAGAUCUUUUUCCCAGCCCAAUGGAUCUUGCUCUAUGUCUUGGACAGGACAGAAUUCCCACAGCUCAUUUGAAUCGGAUUGUGCUGAGGGACAUGGUUCCGAGGAAUGGUUGCUGGGUACUGAAGGAUGUAGUGGGAGUGAAGAGAAAAUGCAAAGAUUCUGGAUGAAAGAUUCCAAGGAGGUGGUUGUUGAUGUUUGGAAUGUGAGAGAGGAGAUGGAUAUGGAAGCACCCACAACUACCUGUCACUCAAUUCCUCAAAUAGAUGGUCAGAAUUCGCCUCCAUUGCUAGCAGUUGACUCUCUGGUUGAACCUGUUCGGUCUCCUUCACCUCGUAAGAGACUUCAAAAAGUAAAUCGAUCGAAAUCACCUAGUUCAGCCAAUAAAUCCUCGAGUUCUUCAUUGGGGAAAAUCUUUCAGAAUUCAAGGAUUGAGGGGAUGGAAGGGGAGAUUAGAUAUUUAAGGAUGGAGGUUGAAGGGUUGAAGAGGAUGGUUGAUGAAUUGGAUAGGGAGUUGAAGGGGGUUAGGGUUAGGGAGGAGAGUAGCUGUGAGAGAGUGGGAUAUUUGGGAAAUCGGAUGGAAGAGGUUUGGAGUGCGGUUUAUGGGAAGGGUUGGGAUGCGGGGAAUGUUGGUGGGGAGGGGGUGGAAUGGGAGGAUAAGGGGGAAGUGGAUUGGACGAGGGAGGUUCGAGAUGUGGGAUUAUUGAGGGUUUUGGGAAGGAUGAAGAGGGAUGGAUAUGAUGAGAAGAAGAGGGAUGCGAGUGAUGAACCCUUGAAGGAGAGAGGAAUCGAAUCUUGCGAGGUGGAUUUAAUGGUACCGACCUCAUGGAAACCAGAGCCCAAGAGUAAGAUUACUGUGAAUGAUGAUGAAGAUGAAUUCGAGAAUGAAGAAUUCAGAAGCUUAAAUACGCCUAUUUCUCUCGAACAACAAGCGAGUAAGGAGUUAGAUGCUUGUGAAGAUUUGGGAGUCAGGAGAGAGAAUACUCUUAGAAAGCUUUUGAAAAUUAAAAGCCUUCUCACGGAUGAUGGACGUACAUCAGAUGAAGAGUUGGCAAGAUUGGAGAGGGAAAUGGUGAGUCUGCGGAGUGAGAGAGAGAUGGCGGGGGGUGGGGGAGAAAGGUGUGAGGAUAGGAGUAGGAUGGAGGGUGAUGGGGAGUUCGAGGAGAUGGGGAAGGAAGAUGUGAAUGAAAAUGCGAAGGGAAAGGCGGUUCUUGGAGACUUACUUGAGGAUAAGGAUAGCAGAGAGGACAAUGGUGAUGAACAAGUCUUGAAAUAUAAUGCUGAGCACUUUCAUAAGGAGCAUAAUCCUGAUGCGGGGUUUGAAGAUAUCGAUAGGAAUCCCAUGAGUAUAGAUCAGGAGGGUGGACUUAAGAACGGAAUCAGGGAAGACAGAAAAGGAAAACAGAAGGAUGGUAUGGGAGCGGAGAAGAAAUGUAAAAGAACAACGUGGAGUUGGAGACCAGACGCUGCAGAAAUGGAGGGAUUGUUUGAGGUUGGUAUAUCCCGGGGUAAUGAAGGAGAUGAUGGAAGGAUUAGAGGUAAAGAGAUAGAGGAAGAUGAAAAAGAACAGGAAAAGAAGAGAGUGGAAUCUUUGAUAAGCUAUUUGUUGGCGAGACAGGAAAUUGACAAGGUGAUGAUGGAGGAGUGGUGGGAGGUGGAGAGGGAAAGGGAUUUAGAGGAGAUCAGAGGGUUGAGGGAAAUGGUGGAGGAGUUGAAGGGGUUGGUUUUGAGUGGGAAGGGGAAUGGUAAUGGAAAUAAAGAUGAAGAUGAGUUGCACGAUUGCGAUAAAUUGGGUUGUGGCUGUUAUCCGUCUGGGGGUGGAAAUGGAGGUAGAGGUAGGAAUGGUGGGAAGAGCAGGAAGAAUAGGAAGAGCGGGAAAGCGAACAAUGUGGCGAAUAUGAGGAAGAGGGAUAUUUGUGAUUUUGCAGAUGAUGGGUGGGAUGAAGAGGAAGGAAGUGAGGAGGAGAGAGAUGGUGGAAAUGGUAAUGGUAAUGGAAAUGGCAGGGGUUUUUGGGAUUGGGUUGGUGGCGGGAUUUUAUGGAGGCAGGAUUAA